AUGCUGGAGAUCCAGCUGGACGAUGGUGGCGUGGGGGGGUACCCGGGCGACGAUUACUGCUCCGGGUCGGUGAUGUCGGAGCGGGUCUCGGGCCUCGCCAACAGCAUUUACCGCGAGUUCGAGCGGCUGAUCCACUGCUAUGACGAGGAGGUGGUGAAGGAGCUGAUGCCGCUGGUGGUGACGGUGCUGGAGAACCUGGACUCGGUGCUCACUGACAACCAGGAGCACGAGGUGGAGCUGGAGCUGCUGCGGGAGGACAACGAGCAGCUCCUCACGCAGUACGAGCGGGAGAAGGCGCUGCGCAAGCAGGCCGAGGAGAAGUUUAUAGAGUUUGAAGAUGCACUGGAGCAGGAGAAGAAAGAACUACAAAUCCAAGUGGAACACCUUGAAUUUCAGACUCGACAGCUGGAGCUGAAGACUAAAAACUAUGCAGAUCAGAUUUCACGACUGGAGGAACGUGAAUCAGAAAUGAAGAAGGAGUACAAUGCUCUCCAUCAGCGUCACACAGAGAUGAUCCAGACCUAUGUGGAACACAUUGAGCGAUCCAAGAUGCAGCAAGUUGGGGGAAAUAAUCAAACUGAGGGUAGUCUACCUGGGAGAAGCAGGAAGGAACGACCUAACUCCCUGAACGUCUUCCCGCUGGCGGAUGGCAUGGUACGUGGGCAGAUAGGGGCCAAGAUCAUCCCCACACUGGACCACUGGCACCUGAGUGACCUCGGCCAGCUGCAGUCCAACUCCAGCUACAAGUGCCCGCAGGAUGAAAUGUCCGAAUCGGGACAGUCCUCAGCAGCUGCCACACCGAGCACCACUGGAACCAAGUCCAAUACUCCCACCUCAUCUGUGCCCUCUGCUGCUGUCACACCGCUGAACGAGAGCAUCCAGCCCCUCAGCGACUACAACGGCACCAGCAAGAGCAGCAAGAGAGCAAGAGAGAAGCGCAACAGCCGGAACAUGGAGGUCCAGGUCACACAGGAGAUGAGGAAUGUCAGCAUAGGAAUGGGUAGCAGUGAUGAGUGGUCUGAUGUUCAGGACAUCAUCGACUCUACUCCGGAGCUGGAUAUGUGCCAAGACCCGCGCCUGGAACGCACUGGUAACAGCCCAACACAGGGAAUUGUGAACAAAGCGUUUGGCAUCAACACGGACUCUCUGUACCAUGAGCUUUCCACAGCAGGGUCUGAGGUUAUUGGAGAUGUUGAUGAAGGAGCAGAUCUACUAGGGGAGUUCUCAGUACGGGAUGAUUUCUUUGGAAUGGGCAAAGAAGUGGGGAAUCUGCUGUUGGAGAACUCGCAGCUACUGGAGACCAAAAAUGCUUUGAACGUUGUGAAGAAUGAUUUGAUUGCCAAGGUGGACCAGCUGUCUGGAGAACAAGAAGUGCUGAAGGGAGAGCUCGAAGCAACAAAGCAGGCCAAAGCCAAAAUGGAAACCAGAGUCAAGGAGCUGGAGGAGGAGCUGAAAAGAGUGAAAUCUGAAGCGAUUGUUGCCCGGCGAGAACCCAAAGAGGAGGUGGAGGAUGUAAGCAGCUAUCUCUGUACAGAAUUGGACAACAUUCCCAUUGCUCAGCGCCGCCGCUUCACCCGUGUGGAAAUGGCUCGGGUUCUGAUGGAGCGCAACCAGUACAAAGAGAGGUUGAUGGAGCUCCAGGAGGCUGUCAGGUGGACAGAGAUGAUCAGAGCUUCCCGUGAGCACCCAUCUGUCCAGGAGAAGAAGAAAUCCACCAUCUGGCAGUUCUUCAGCCGCCUGUUCAGCUCCUCCUCAAGUCCCCCACCAGCAAAGAGGACCUACCCAUCUGUGAACAUCCACUACAAGUCUCCCACAACAGCAGGGUUCAGCCAGCGGCGCAGUCACACCAUGUGCCAGAUCUCCGCCGGCAGCCGCACCCUGGAGUUCUUCCCUGAAGAUGACUGUACCUCCUCGGCACGUCGCGAGCAGAAGCGGGAGCAGUACCGCCAGGUCCGAGAGCACGUGCGGAACGACGAUGGGCGGUUGCAGGCCUGUGGCUGGAGCCUCCCUGCCAAGUACAAGCAGCUGAGUCCCAAUGGUGGUCAGGAAGACACUCGCAUGAAAAACGUUCCCGUGCCUGUGUAUUGUCGCCCACUAGUAGAAAAGGACCCAACCAUGAAGCUGUGGUGUGCAGCUGGAGUUAAUCUUACGGGAUGGAGACCUGUGGAGCAGGAGUCUGGGAAUGGGCAGAAACUGGAUCCUGGGCGUGAUCCUCUCACUUGUGAUAGGGAAGUGGAAGGCGAGAACAACAAAAGCAACCACACAUCUCCUGAAAAGAAAAAGGCAAAGGAGCUCCAUGAAAUGGAUGCCACAUCCAGUCGUGUCUGGAUCCUCACCAGUACGCUGUCAACAAGUAAAGUUGUAAUUAUAGAUGCCAAUCAGCCUGGCACAGUGGUGGACCAGUUCACUGUAUGCAAUGCUCAUGUGCUUUGCAUCUCCAGCAUCCCUGCGGCCAGUGAGAGUGAUUAUCCUCCAGGAGAGAUCUUUCUGGAGGGAGAUGUAAAUCCUGAAGAGUCGUCUGGAACAGAUGGUGUCUUGGCAGGGAUCACUCUGGUGGGCUGUGCGACCCGCUGCAACGUACCACGAAGCAACUGUUCCUCACGUGGUGACACCCCUGUGCUGGACAAGGGACAGAGUGAGAUGGCUGCUGUCUGCAAUGGGAAGAUCAACCAGUCCCAGUCUACUGAGGAGGCCACAGAAGCUACGGAGGUACCGGAGAACGGUUCAAAUGAGGCAGAGCCUGCUGAUGCCCGGCCUGGGCCCCUCACGGAGCACGUGUUCACAGACCCAGUCCCUGCACAGCCACCCCUCAGGCAGAAUGGGUAGGCAAAUGGGCAGCUGAAGACUGAGUCAAGCACAACACUGCCAGAUCAGGAGUCUAGUGGGGAUGCUGCUGGGACUUGCACCAGUGCUGCCCCCACCAUGUGGCUGGGAGCACAGAACGGAUGGCUUUACGUGCACUCAGCUGUAUCCAACUGGAAGAAGUGUCUGCACUCCAUCAAGCUCAAGGACUCUGUGCUGAGCCUUGUGCAUGUGAAAGGGAGGGUCCUUGUUGCUCUGGCAGAUGGAACACUAGCCAUAUUUCACCGUGGAGAAGAUGGUCAGUGGGAUCUCAGUAAUUACCACCUAAUGGACCUUGGUCACACUCACCAUUCCAUCCGCUGCAUGGCCGUUGUGUAUGAUAGAGUCUGGUGUGGCUACAAGAACAAAAUCCAUGUUAUCCAACCUAAGACAAUGCUGAUUGAGAAAUCCUUUGAUGCCCACCCUCGGCGGGAGAGUCAGGUGCGGCAACUGGCUUGGAUUGGAGAUGGAGUUUGGGUUUCUAUCCGCCUGGACUCCACACUGAGGCUUUACCAUGCCCACAGCCAUCAACAUCUGCAGGAUGUCGACAUUGAGCCUUACGUCAGCAAGAUGCUAGGCACCGGGAAGCUGGGCUUCUCCUUCGUGCGGAUCACAGCCCUGCUCAUCGCUGGCAACCGCCUCUGGGUGGGCACAGGCAACGGCGUCGUCAUCUCCAUUCCACUGACCGAGACUGUAGUCCUUCACCGAGGCCAACUCCUUGGGCUCCGGGCCAACAAGACCUCACCAACCUCUGGCGAAGGCAGCCGCUCUGGGGGAGUCAUCCACGUGUAUGGUGAUGACAACAGUGACAAAUCUGCCAGCAGCUUCAUUCCCUACUGCUCCAUGGCUCAGGCACAGCUCUGUUUCCACGGCCACCGGGAUGCUGUCAAGUUCUUUGUCUCUGUGCCUGGCAAUGUCCUAGCAACCCUUAAUGGGAGUGUGUUGGACAGCCCUUCAGAGAACCCCGGCACAGCAGCUACAGAGAUCGAGAAGCAGAAGCUGAAGAACGUCCUGGUGCUGAGUGGGGGAGAAGGGUACAUCGAUUUCCGGAUCGGGGAUGGAGAAGAUGAUGAGACAGAGGAGAAUGCAGGAGACACCACCCAGGUGAAACCAGUACUUUCCAAGGCUGAAAGGAGCCACAUUAUUGUGUGGCAGGUAUCAUACAUCCCCGAGUGAGAAUUUCUCCUUUCCUACCAAUCUUUCACCUCGGGCCCGUGCGCUUCCUGCGUGAUUGGAUUCAUGUUCUGCUCUGGAGCGGCAUCUACAUGGAGAGAAAUGGCAGUGCGUCGAGGAAGUGAAGCUUGGAGCUAGAGCUGUGCAGCACUUUGCCCAGCACUGAGGAGCUGGCAGCUGGAUGGGUGGUGGCUCAGGUUCCCUGGCAGGUUGCCUCACUCCCACCUGCAUGAGAAGAAGUACAUCCCCUUGGCAUUCCCUGCCAAAGCAGCAAUGGUGUCACAACUUCUACAGCACCCUAGCAGAAAUUUUUUCUAGUUCACCAGUGGACUUUCCAACUUAACCACCCUUAAGUACAGAAUCAUGUCCCACAGACUGAGAGCUGCCAGGUCCAACAGAAAGGAGUUUUGGGGCUUGGGGCAGUACUUCUGCUGUUUGGCUGGAGAAGGCAGCAGUGCCAUUGCUGUGGGGAGCACAUCUUCUGUACUUGCAGAUAGGAAGUCUCCCUCCUCUGCUGCUGCUGUUGUCUCAGCAGUCAUGUGCUGGGUGACUGUGUGUCCAGAGAGGAUUGAUAGGUAGUCUCAGAUGGGAGGUGGCUGUUUGAUCAUGGAGGGCCACAGGGCCUUUGGAAGCAGUGGUAGCAAUGGGGUACUGGAACCUUGCUUUCUUAAGAGCAGAAAAGGCAGUGAUACUUUUAACUCCUUCUUCCAAAGUGCCCAGCAGAAAACAACUCCUGAGUUCAUUAUGAAAGGUUCAGGAGAGAACCAUCUCUACACAGAAUUUGUUGGCUUUGCAAAGAGGUAAGGGCACAUGACGUUGGUCUACUGUCAGCUCUGCAUUAGCACACAGAGUUUACCUUGACUCCUGAGGCUGUCCCCCCAACCUGGGAGCUGCUGGAAGGAAAUGGCUGCUUUCCUUCAUACUGUGGCAGUGUGCAGGUGCCAAGGUAUAGAAUGGCUGUGUCUUGCCUGAGGUCACAGAGGCAUUAAGGCCAGAUGUCCAACCUUUUACCCAACAUCAUGAGCACUGACUUAGUUACUAGGUAGCUUAAAACGCUGGAAAUUUGUGACUCCUAGAAAGAAUUGACAGCCCCCAAGAUAAGUUCUGACAGCCCUUGUGUAACCAGUGCUGACAGAUUGCAAGUGUAUGUCCUGCAUAUUAGAAAAGCAGCAAAGAACAGAGCCAGGGGAACAGUUGUAAGCUCCAGAUGCAGAAGCAAUGGUUUGUCCUCCCUUUCUGACAGUGCAAACAGUGCUGUCUCCACAAGGACAAGUUCCAUUUCUUUUGAACACUCCCUCCUGGAUGUGCAGGACUACAGCGAGCAGCAGCUGUUAGCACUGAAUUUGGAAGCUCCUGGUGGUCAUCUUGUUUCUUCCCGAGCUAUGCAGCACUCCAGGGUUCACAGGGAUGUCCUUGUGCCAGUGUAGUGGUGGUGUGAGGACAGCUGGGGGAAGCCUCCAUCUUCUGGGAAGCUCCCAGCUGUGCCCUGUGCUUGUUGCCAUGGGCCAGGCUGCCCUGAGGCUUGCGGUCUAAAGCUGUUCAUGUACCACAGGGAUGCAAGUUUCCCAGGGGAAGCUCUAACAUCUGUCCUGAUGCAGCAGCACUGCAAUGCUUUUUGGAUCCACAGCUGAGAAAAGGCUGAGGCUUAUAUUUCCCUUGCAAGGAGGCAAGAGGACAUCUCUGGAGAACAGAGGCCUCAGCCACCCAAGUAUAGAGCUGUGGGUGUGCCUGCGCUGUCCAUGAGUGGUGCUGGUGACCUGCACCCACACCACUCUUUGCCAAGAUAGGGAGUCCACUUGAUGGUGUCCUCCAGCCACUGGCACAUUGGGCUCUGUGACUGGCAUUUGGCUAAGGGAUACUUGGAGCUGCCACCCACGUGUGGGGUGACCUUUCAUCAGGGACAUUUCACCAGGGCACUGCUGACCAUGCCAGGCUUCUCGUUCACUUCUCAAAAUGCUUUCUGCUAGGAAGAGCUCUUUGGAUCACAACACAGAGUGCAUUAGAGUUAACAUCAAUGUUUACACCACAGAUUCCACAAACUUAACAGUUCGUCAUUUAGGGCCAGGUAAGCUUCAUCAUUUGGGCUAAUUGAAGGAAACAAAGAGAAAAAAAAAUAGGUCCAAUUUCUCAGCUCUAUCAGCUCUCCCUUAAGAAAAUAGAGAAUUGCAACGUUCUUACCUCUUACUGUUUGCUCUGUAUUUGGUUUUAGCAGUUGAAGUGACAGUACUGUCUCCUGUCACCACCUGGGCCCUGGCAACAUAA